AUGGGGAGUCGGGGUACCAUACCCGCCGCCGCCUCUCCCAACUUUUUCUCGUCAAUGAUUUACAAGACCCACCGCGUCGUCGCCCUCGCCUUCCAGUACUCCGACCUCCCCAUGAUCCCCUCCGAAGUAGGCGACGUCUCUUACCUCCAACAGCUUAUCUUCCAGAAGCUCGCCAACCUCUCUGGCCCAAUUCCCCGGUCUUUGACCAAGCUCAAAUCCCUCAAAUACUUGAAUCUCAGCUGGUUGAACCUCACAGGCCCGAUCCCCUCCUUCUUCAGCCAGAUCAAGGGCCUAACCUACCUCGACCUCUCCUACAACAAGCUCACCAGGGAGAUCCUCGACUCGCUGUCCAUCGUCCCAGGCCUAAGCUACAUCCGCCCCGACCGCAACCAGCUCACUGGGAACAUUCCCGCUUCUCUCGCCAACCUCAAGGACAACGUGUACCUCCUCCUCUCCCACAACAACCUCUCCAGCGAGGUCCCGGUGACCUUCGCUGGCGUUGACUUCAGGAAGCUCGACCUGUCCCGGAACAGGCUGCAGGGAGAUGGGUCGCUGCUGUUCGGGGCGAACAAGACAAACAACCACAUCGACAUCUCGAGGAACCUGUUCGAGUUCAACCUGUCAAAGGUGGAGCUGACCCAGAGCAUCACGUGGCUGGACAUUAGCCAUAACAAGAUUUACGGCGCAAUGCCGGAUGUGAUGACGGGUCUGCAGCUGCAGUUCCUGAACGUGUGCUACAACGGGUUCUGCAGGGAGAUUCCGGUGAGAGGGCGGAUGCAGAGCUUCCAUUACUCGGUGUAUUUCCAUAACCGGUGCUUGUGCGGCGCUCCUCUCGAUAGCUGUAAGUGAAUGGCGGUGGUGGGAGGGUGGCUUGAACUGUUCGCGGCCAUUGAUUGAUGACCACCAUCUCACGUCAGUGUUGCAUGGUCUUCGUUGUUCUUCAGUUGGGGGAAGUUGCUGAAGUCAAAGGUUCCGAAGGCGACAAGUUGACUUUUUAGUCUUCGGCCACAUUCGACUCACCACGAGCAUACGUUUC